UAGACAGCACCAGCUCAGUUUUCAUUUGUACCACGUGUGGGGAGGACUUCUCUAAUACAGAGUGCGCGCUUGUUUUUCGAAAAAAAGUACAAUAUUUACAUUCUUAUCUAUGAAAACUAGUACAGUUUUGUUAAUGAUUUUCUUUUAAUUGGACUAGGAAAAAUUAAGGUGUUGACCAAGUAACGUUAUCAAAAUAGGCUACUACGACAGAAACAUAAAGAUGACACUACAAGCAUCAGGAGCACCUGUCAGAUAUGCGAUCACUUCCGAAUGGGAAAGGGUACCCUAUUACAGAAAUGUACAUCAGUCUUAUGAUGAUGAACUACCAAGAGAUCCUAGGCAGUGGACUAGAGAAAAUGUAGCCCAAUGGCUUAAUCAAGUAACCUCACUGCACAAUCUUCCAGAGAUUCCAUCCUCAAGGUUCCUUAUGAAUGGUAAAGCUCUUUGCCUUAUGUCUCCCAGCAUGUUUCUUAGCAGAGUUCCUCUAGGCGGUAAACUACUUUAUAAGGACUUCCAGCUGAGGUUGUGUGCAGCCUUGUACUCUAGAAGCUAACUGAGUUAGAUAUUAUAUAGUGAAAAAAUAACACUUAAGUAUUUACUUGCAAACUAUAGUAGAUACUUUAAUGUACUUAUAGUAUUGAAAAAACGAUGGCAUCUAUUAAUUAAUUUUAUGUAAACAUAUUAUGGAUACUUCGUUAGAUUUUACUACACUACCACUUUUGAAUAACCAAUAACAUAUCUAUAAACCGAGUUAUAUGUGCAGAAUCAGAUUGAAGUUCUUUAGAUUUGAAAGUAUUUGAAAAGUUUGACAAUAAGUUUAUAUUCGUUUCACGUUUAUAUUCAUUGGCUUGUGUUUAUCUGUAAGGAAAAGUGAGCAUACUAUAGAGUUUUUAAUGUUCAUAUAUAUAUAUAUAUAUAUAUAUAUAUAUAUAUAUAAUAUAUAUAUAUAUAUAUAUAUAUAUAUAUAUAUAUAUAUAAGAGUAAGAAAAAAUAAGUACUUGUGACUCGUUUGGAAAAAAUAUAAAACUGUUUUGGAUGGGUUGGAGUCAAUAAAAGGGGCUAAUUGUUGACUAUUUUUUACUCGAGCUUUCAAUUGUGAUUACAAUUAUUCUCAAGAGCUUCUAAAAAAUACAAAAUAUCUUACAAAGUUGAACUAGAAAUAAAAUUUUUUUGUUAACUCACCAAAUAAAAUUAGUUUUUUAUAUAAAACUGCUGCUAACAUCUUAUUACAAAAAAUAUUAUUAAAAAAAAUGUCCUAUUCUAAUAAAUGUUUCUCUAAAAUAAAUUUUGAUAAAGUUUCUUAACAAAAAAAAAAUUGAAUUUGUAAACAAAAAUUGAAUAGCUACAAAUAAG